AUGGGAAACGGUGCCAAGGCUCAACAAAAGCAGCAACGUAACGCAAAGAAAGCCGCGGAUGCUGGUCCAAAGAGGCGAGUGAAUAGUUCGUGCGGCGAAGCAAUACCCAGGCUGAAUGCCUUGAAUGUUUCUCAACAGAGUUUUCUGACCACGACACGCCUGCCUGCAUUGACACAGCACGUUGAGAAUAAGCACAGUGGUAAAACAAUGGCAGACUGCUUCCCUAACUACAAGGAGUAG